GGAGCGCUGGAACGGCUGUACCGAGGGCGGAAAUGCUCUCGGCGGAAGUGGUAGCUGCGCAAGUUGUGGGUGGAAUGACCGCGGGCCGGCUCCUUCGAAGGCUGUUGCGAGCACCUUCCAGGUCCAUGGCCCAGAGCGCAGUCGGUGGCGUGUACCCCUCCAGGGGCUUGCACGCGGAGCGCGGGCCUCGAAGGCUCUCCAUCGAAGGAAAUAUUGCCGUGGGAAAGUCCACCUUUGUGAAGUUACUCACGAAAACUUACCCAGAGUGGCACAUAGCUACAGAACCUAUAGCAACAUGGCAGAGUGUCCAGGCUGUUGGCACCCAAAAAGCCUUCACUGCCCAAAGUCUUGGAAACUUGCUGGAUAUGAUGUACCAGGAACCAGCACGAUGGUCCUACACAUUCCAGACAUUUUCUUUUAUGAGCCGCCUGAAAGUACAGCUGGAGCCUUUCCCUGAGAAACUGUUACAGGCCGAGAAUGCAAUACAGAUCUUUGAGAGGUCCGUGUACAGUGACAGGUAUAUCUUUGCGAAGAAUCUUUUUGAAAAUGGUUCCCUCAGUGACAUCGAAUGGCAUAUCUAUCAAGACUGGCAUUCUUUUCUCCUGCAGGAGUUUGCCAGCCAGCUCAGAUUACAUGGCUUCAUUUACCUCCAGGCUACUCCCCAGGUUUGUUUGAAGAGACUCCACCAGAGGGCCAGGGAAGAGGAGAAGGGAGUUGAGCUGGAAUAUCUCGAGCAGCUUCACAGUCAGCACGAAUCCUGGCUUGUUCACAAGACAACCGAGCUCCACUUUGAGGCUCUGCUGAACAUUCCAGUGCUGGUAUUGGAUGUCAAUGAAGAUUUUUCUGAAGAAGUAACCAAACAAGAAGAACUCAUGAAAAAGGUAAACACCUUUGUAAAGAAUCUGUAGCCAGUACUGGGAUGUUCUUGCCGUGAUCUGGAUUCUCUGACUUUCCAAAGCUGGAAAAAUCCUGAGUCAUGCACCUUGCCAUCUUCUUUUACCCCUGGAGUCCUCUCUGACACUCAGGUCCAUGGUUUGUGUUAGCCUUCGACUUCACAAUUAUUGUCUUUUAUAUCUCAAGGACUUCUAAAAUAAAGUGGAAGUUUUGCUUCCUUUCCUAAUCCA